UAUACAGACUGACAACAUGCCAGCAGUUCUUCUUUGUGAAGAUAUGGUUUGUUAUAAUAAACAUGUACUUCUGGAUCAUAUUCUUUAGGGAGCACCCGGUUGAAGUUAGUAAUUUGAAGGCCUUUCUUGGAGGAAGUUGUCCCAACUGCAACACCAAUUUGACCUGGGGAUGUUGUAUGCCUACAGUCAAUUAUUACUCUAUCAAGGGUCAUGCCUUUUGCCUUGUGGACUGUAAGGGCAAAUGCCAAUUGAAGGGGCAUUUGGGCUCUACAGCAAACCUUUGCAAGUCCCUCUGGUGCAAACUGCCGGAUUUUUUGUUCAUGAAAUGUAACCGAUCCAACAUUUUUAUUAAAAUUAACAACUCAUUUUUCAUUACAUUUCAGUACUAUGCCUUGAAGGCCAUUGACGAUUCUUUUGUCAUUGCUAGAGUUGGCGUGAAUAAUUACUUUUGCACUGACUUCUAGAUAAAUUAUCAUUU